AUGGGGAACUGUUUUAGCAGUACUGGAGAAAAGGAUUCUAAGAACAAAAAUGAACGAGUGAAUACUCAUGAGGAGGACCCGAGGCAAUUCCAAACACCGGUGCCAACGCCUCCACCGGAUCCUAUUAGAUCAGUUGUUAGUCAGGGUCCUGAUACUAGCGAGGUCGCUCCCACCCGAAUAUUCGUUGCCCUCUAUGACUACGAUGCUAGAACCGACGAGGACCUCAGUUUUAGGAAGGGUGAACAUUUGGAAAUCCUUAACGAUACGCAAGGUGACUGGUGGCUAGCGAGGAGCAAGAAAACAAAGCAAGAAGGUUACAUUCCCUCGAACUAUGUCGCCCGUUUGCAGUCUAUAGAAGCCGAGCCGUAA